GUAACUCUUCGCAUGACGAUUUAAAGCUGUGCCAACCGGAACUAACUGUUCAAAAUUGACCGAAAUUGCUUUGAAAUUUUGUACGCAUUCAGGUUAAGUGGUAAAAUGACUAACCGGACGGCGUAUUUCUAUGAUCCAGAUGUUGGAAACUUUCACUAUGGUGCUGGACACCCAAUGAAGCCCCAUAGGUUGUCCCUAACUCACAGUCUUGUCUUGCAUUAUGGCCUGUACAAGAAAAUGAUGGUGUUCAAACCAUACAAGGCCUCACAGCAUGAUAUGUGUCGUUUUCAUUCAGAAGACUACAUAGAUUUUUUGCAGAAGGUCAGCCCAAAUAACAUGCAGGGCUUCACAAAGAGCCUUAACACCUUUAAUGUAGGAGAUGAUUGUCCUGUCUUUCCAGGACUGUUUGAGUUUUGCUCCAGAUAUACCGGAGCCUCAUUACAAGGAGCAACUCAAUUGAACCAUAAGAUUUGUGACAUUGCUAUCAACUGGGCUGGAGGCUUACACCAUGCAAAAAAGUUUGAGGCAUCUGGAUUUUGUUAUGUGAAUGACAUUGUCAUUAGUAUACUUGAACUGCUUAAGUACCACCCACGUGUGCUAUACAUCGACAUUGACAUUCAUCAUGGUGAUGGGGUGCAGGAAGCUUUUUAUCUUACAGAUCGAGUCAUGACUGUGUCUUUCCAUAAAUAUGGAAAUUAUUUUUUUCCAGGAACAGGUGACAUGUAUGAAGUUGGGGCUGAGAGUGGCCGCUACUACUGCCUGAACGUGCCUCUGCGUGAUGGGAUUGAUGACCAGAGUUACAGACAAUUGUUUCAGCCAGUGAUCAAGCAAGUGGUGGACUUCUACCAGCCAACCUGUAUUGUGCUUCAGUGUGGAGCAGACUCGCUGGGCUGUGACAGACUUGGGUGCUUUAAUCUCAGUAUACGAGGUCAUGGGGAAUGUGUGGAGUUUGUGAAAAGUUUCAAGAUCCCUCUACUUGUGCUAGGAGGAGGAGGAUACACUGUGCGCAAUGUGGCUAGAUGUUGGACAUAUGAAACUUCUUUGCUAGUUGAAGAGUCCAUUAGUGAUGAGCUGCCUUAUAGUGAGUAUUUUGAGUAUUUUGCUCCUGAUUUUACACUUCAUCCAGAUGUUAGCACUAGGAUUGAGAACCAGAACUCCAGACAGUACUUGGAACAAAUUCGUCAGACUGUCUUUGAGAACUUAAAAAUGCUGAACCAUGCACCUAGUGUUCAGAUCCAUGAUGUUCCCUCAGACCUGCUGAGUUUUGAGCGCACAGAUGAUGCUGAUCCUGACGAGAGAGGUUCAGAAGAGAACUAUUCUAGGCCUGAGGCAUCAAAUGAAUUUUAUGAUGGUGAUCAUGACAAUGACAAAGAGAGUGAUGUGGAAAUCUGAACUCCAUCCUGAAGAAAAGUGAUCUCUGUUUGUUUGUUUAUUUGUUUGUUUGUUUGUUUGUUUAAAAAAAAAGGACUAUUUUCUAUAUGGAGAAUAGCCAGUCCUAGAUGCCUUUUUUUGUUACAGUAAUUGUUUAUAAGUUUAUAACACAAUACUUUUUUAAUAAGUUUUUGACUUGCCACUGUGUACCAAGGUUUCUCUUAACUAAUAUCUUUCAUAUGUUAAGUUGGCUGGGUAUAAAGACACUGUAUGUAACUUUCUAAGACCAGGGCAUGAUAUAUUCAUACCUUUCAAAAUCAAACAGGCCUGGCUUCAAAAAGCAGCCUGUAACACACACACACACACACAGAAACAUUUUAAUACUGCACUAUGUGCUUAAAUAUAACAGAUGUAAUUAAUACAUGCAUAGUAUUCUACAAAGAAUACAUACUUGCAUAUGAAAAAAUGUGUUUAUUCUAAAAUGUUUCCAAAAUGAAGUUUUACUAUCCACUAGUCUUCACAGUUGGGAUUAAGAGGUUAGCUACACUCAGUGGUAUGGAAGUCAAGUGAGGCCAUGCAUUAUUUUUUUUUUUGUGAUCUCAAGAUAACAAAGCAUUUUCUCGAUCACAACUUAUUUUUCUCAUAUGUUGAAAUGUAUUAUUAGUCAUACAUACUAUAAAUCAUGGAGGAGUGCAUCUGUUAUUACUUUAAUCAGGGAGUGUCUUAACAGAAAAUCUCUAUCUAUCUAACCUGUUUAUCCUAUCUAUCUAUCUAAUCUCUUUAGCCUAUCUAUCUAUCAUCCCCUUUGAAAGUAUUGGAACGGCAAGGCCAUUUUGGGUUUUAGAUCAAAAGAUGAAUAUGAGACAAUGGAUCAAAAUUUCAGCUUUCAUUCCCUGAUCUUUACAUAUAAAUGUGUUAAACAGCUUAGAACAUGGCAUCUUUUGUUUGAACCCACCCAUUUUUAAACAUUGGAACAUGUGACUGGCACGUGUUUCUUGUUGUCUAGGUGUGCCCUGAUAGAUUGGUUGUUUAAGCAAUUAAUAGCUCUGAAUGUGUACUCUUUGUUUAAGCCCUGUGUUUCACCUGUGAAGGCUGCAUUUGUUGUUAAAAUGGAUAACCCAUCAUGAAGACCAAAGAGGCUGUCUGUGGGAGAAAAGCAAGCCAUUUUGAAGCUGAGAAAAGAGGUAAAAUUGAUUAGAGAUAUUGCAAAAACAUUGGGCAUAACCAGUACAACAAUUUGGAAUGUCCUGAAAAAGAAAAAAAAAACUGGUAUACUAACAACCAAGUAUGGAAACAGUUUGUUCAAGGAAAACAACAGUUGAUGACAGGAACAUUGUGCUAGGAACAUUGAGAGCUGUGAAGAAAUCCCCACAAACAACAGUCAGUGAUAUCACCAAUAACCUCCAUAGAGCAGGGGUGAAGGUAUCACUAUCCACUGUUUGAAGAAGACUUUGAGAGCAGAAAAGUUCUGGAAGCUGGAUUAACCUCUGCUAAAGGGAUGGAAAGGCCAAUGUGUGGAGAAAAAGGAUCUGCUCAUGAUCCAAAACAUACGAGCACAUCGCUCAAGAACAGUGGAGUGUAGUAGUGUCAUGGCUUCGGCUAGCAUGGCUGCUUCUGGAAAGGGCUUACUAAUCUUUAUUGAUGAUGUAACUUAUGAUGGUAGUAGCAGAAUGAAUUCAAAAGUCUAGAGGAAGAUUCUGUCUGCCAGUUUACAGAGAACUCUAUCCAAUCUAAUUGGGAGGAACUUCAUCAUGCACCAAGACAACAACCCAAAACACACUGCCAACAUGGUAAAAGCACUUCAUCAGGGGAAAAAAAGUGGAAGGUUUUAGACCUUCCAAGUCAAUCACCAGACCUUUACCUUUAAAAUAUCAGGAAAUGAAAGCUGAAAUUCCGAUCUAUUGUCUCAUAUUCAUCUUUUGAUCUCAAACUCCAAAUGUCUAAGUGUACACCAAAAACGAGAAUUGACCUUGCCCUUCCAGUACUUUCAGAGGGAACUGUGUCUAUCUAGCCUUACAUUUGUCAGUGCGAGACCAUUUCCACUUAGAAAUAUACAACCACCGUUGUGAACUCUAUAGUGAGUCUGAAUGGGUGGUCAGUUUCAUCUCUCAAACAACAUACCAAAACCAUGGUGGUGUCCUGAUCCCUCAAACUGACUGGUAAUGAAACUGACCACCUGUUCAAGAUUGCUGUAGUGUCCACAAUGGUGUAGUUGCAGAUUUCUAAGUCACCUUCUCAAGUGUCAGACACUAAUUUGGAAAUGGUCUGGCACUGAUGCAUGGAUACUGAAGGGGAAAUUUGGGGAAAAAUAUAAUUAAACUUCACACCAUCACCCAAGCUCAGGAGAAAACCCUCAGAGCAAGCUUCUAGGCCACAACUCUGCCACUGUACCAGCUAUUUUCUGUUGACACACUCCCUGAUUAAAGCCUAAUAAUGCAUUUCAACAUAUAAGGAAAAAUUAAGUUGUGAUCUCAAGAAAGCAACUUUUGUUAUAAUGAGAAAAAUAAGUUGGGAUCUCAAGAAAACAGCUUUUAUCUUUCACAAGGGAAAAAAAAACACAUGGUUUUUCUGGACUUCCAUACAGUGGACCUUAAUUACUGCAAUUUCUCAUGGUUCAUUUAUUGAAUAUAUUAAAACUGAUGUUUCAAAGUAGUUAGACAGGAUGGUUUGAUUGCAAUUUGGUUGCCUUUGUGGAAAUCAGUGUGCAGUCUGAAAGCUCAUUCAUGAUACAUUAGAUUUCACUCAUUGAAUAAGAGUUGGUCCUUGGCUUGUCUAAACAUGAACAUUUUUUGGCAGCAGCCCUUAUCCAGCGAGACUUACAUUUAUCUAAGUGAGCAGUUGAGAGUCUUGCUCAUGAGCCCAGUAGUGGCAGCUUGGAGGUGCUGGGAUUUGAACUCUCAACCCUCUGUGCAGUAUGCUAAUGUCUUAAUCACUGAGCUAUCACUGAGCUACCACUAAACAUGCCUGAUAAAGUCCUCUGAGAUCCUCCAAGCUCAAGGCCACUGGAUCUAAAUGUGGAGAUAGUGUGGUCUGAAUGUAACUAAGAGAUCUUGCCACCCCCCCAAACCCAGCUUAUUCAAUUGUUAUUCAGAUAGGUAGCAAGGUAUACACAGACUAAAGUCUAACACAAGUGGCAGUGUUGUCAACUGUGGUUGAAUAAACCUCAUUAAAGUGAAUCAGUGAAAAACAGCUUAUCUCUGGCGGAAUUUUUCCAGGUUUUUUUUUUUCUUUUAACGAUUUAUGAAUUACGAAUUGUUCAUGAACCAAUUCGAGGGCAUUUACAGUUAUAUAGCACACCUAUCUCUUCCAACAUGGAUAAGUAAUUGUCAACAAUCAUUUGCAACAGUGUCUUUAGGGUUUUUUUUGUGUGUGUCUUUAGGGUAUUUAACACUUAUGUACUGUUUGUUUAAUAAACAUGCUAAAAUUGA